AUGACAUUUCAUCAAGCUGAACAUUCUCUCUUAGUGAUUCCAGGGCCAAUCGAGGUUACCGAUGAUGUCUUAUUCGCCAAUGCAACACCAUCUCAAUCACACAUGUCAAAAAGUUUUACACAAACUUUUGGAGAAGCAAUUAAAAUGUUUCGACAAGUACUUCUUACUGAACGUGGUCAACCAUUUAUUUUAUCUGGUAGUGGUACACUCGGUUGGGAUAUGGUUGCAUCCAAUUUGACUGAACCUGGAGAUGAAGCACUCGUUUUACAUUCCGGAUAUUUUGGUCAAAGUUUUGCUGAUUGUUUAGAAGCAUAUGGUGCUAAAGUAACUCAACUAAAAGCACCCGUUGGACAAUGUCCAUCACGUGAAGAACUAGUUCAAGCAUUAAAAGCAACGAAGUACAAGAUAGUAACUGUUACACAUGUUGAUACAUCAACUGGUGUACUUAGUAAUCCUCGAAUGGUGUCUGAAGUAGUACAUGAAGUAAGUCCUGAUACAUUGGUAGUACUCGAUGGAGUAUGUUCAGUAGGUAGUGAAGAAAUUCGUAUGGACGAAUGGUCAUUAGAUGUCGUGAUGUGUGCUAGUCAAAAAGGUUUAGGUGUACCACCUGGACUUAGUCUAGUAUGUGCUAGUGAAAGAGCUAUUCAUUUAGUUGAAGCACGUAAGACUAAAAUAAAUUCGUAUUUUGCUUCGUGGCUAAAUUGGUUACCUGUAAUGCGUGGUUAUGAACAAGGUAAACCUGUGUAUUUUGCAACACCACCUGUUCAACUUAUAUGUGCUCUUCAUGUAAGUUUGAAAGAGAUUACUUCAAAACCUAUUGAAGAACGUUGGGCAAAACAUAAACAAGCUAGUACCGAUUUUAAACAAUUUGUGACCGAUGAACUUGGAUUGAAACAAGUCCCUAAUGAUUCAUCAAUAGCUGCUAAUGGAAUGACAGCUAUUUAUUUUCCUAAUGGUUUAUCAGCAUCGGACAUCAUUCCACGAUUACUUGAACGUGGUAUAGUUGUUGCUGGUGGCCUUCAUAAAGAAAUAAAAGAUAAAUAUUUUCGUAUUGGACAUAUGGGUAUAUCUGUUAUUGAUACAACAACUCGUCAUGAUCUUGAAAAAAUUAAAGAUGCUUUGAGAAAUGUAUUGAAUGCAGCUGGCUAUUGUAUAAUAGCAAUGCUUCAUUAA